UGUGUAUCGGCCUGGCGGGCUUUCGAUCCCUCCACCUAUUUCUGAGCCAUUAGCCCGUUGUGUCGGAGCUCCUGUCGGAUGAUGGGCUUCAUCUUACGACCUCUUACAAUUACCCACGUAUGCUGGACAUUGGACGGGAAUUCCACGGCUUUGCCUGCAGAGUCCCUGUUUGACAAAGCGGAUUUGGAUUAUUUGGACGCUUUAUUCUGUUGACUGGAUUUGGCUUUGCCCUACCCUGAUUCCAAUCUAAGGCUACCCUCCGCAAAUAUUCCCUUGGAGAAUGUUUGCGAAGAUAAGACUCUGCGGAUUUUGCAGAGGUCGUCAUGUCCUGUGCCAUGUUAACGGCAAGCCGUGAACAACAAGGCCGCAGAUACAAUGUGCUCGGAAAUAGUGCAGACACUAAAAGAUCGCCUAGGCUGGACCUAGACCUCCUUUUGAGCAUCCGCCGAAGACUCGAUGAAGCCGCAGAAACCCAUCGGAAACUGGUCACUGAAAGAGAGAAAUUACUCAUCCACCGGGAAAAUGUGAGAUCCGCUGCGACGAAAGUACGUAGCCGAAGGAUUGGGGCUGGAAACGCCGAAGCCGACUUCAUGAACCUCCUCCGCGGAUUUACCAACCAGUUUGGACAUCUCUUCACGUCCCACCUCAUUACUGCUUAUCAGAAAGUUCAAGAAGCGCGAGAUGCGUUGGGAACGGUCGAAGAAGAUUACCUGUGUGCCGAACGCUCACUGGGAGGUUUCGAGUGGACAUUCAUUGACAAGGAGAAUGACUUCUACCAGUACGAACUCCAGGAUCUUUUCUCGGAUGAAUUCUUGGACCAAUAUUCCCACAUCAAUGCAGAAGAACCCCGUCUACCACCAGGGCCAGUACUAGAUACCGUCCCUUCUUCUACUGUUGUCAGGUUGGAACUCCAAGCAGCCUUGGCUAAGCUCAACCAGCUAAGAACGCAGUUUAAUGCGCUUCGACCGCAACAAGCCAGAUACCUCGAAGAAAAGAGGGCUCAGAAACGGCAUAAAAACAAUAAUUUAACUAGGACAACAGACACAGAAUUUGUGACCAGAUACAGCGCCUUCCUGGCUGAAAUCUCGGACCAAGAAGUCAAGGCUCAACAUUUAAAACUUACUCUUAUGCAGCACGAGGCCUCGGAAUCAGUAAUUGCCCGCCGAAGUUCUGAUCCUUGCCCUUUCGACGGACGGGAAAUGUCAUUCGAUAUCGUAAGAAGAGCUCAGACGGACGGAGCUGUUUCAACUCUGUUGGAGAAUGCUGCCUUCCAGCACCGCACUCACGAGUGGAUAUUAGAAAGACUCAAAGGCGACCCGUUAGAGAAGACAAUAUAUCUCAAUAUACUCGCCCAAUUCGGAGUUCCCCAUACCGAGCAUGAAUCUUGGGAAGACCGCGCUACUCAAUACUGGCCACACGACAUGAGCGAACAACCACUGCAGACAAUCAAAGAGCCGUUUUCGGUAAGCCACCACACGAUCCAGUCUCCAAACCAAAACACUUCCCAAAGUUCUCAGUGGCAAUAUCCAAGCGACAACUUCCCCUCUACCCCACGGAAGCCUAAACUUAGGCUGAAUUUCGAGGACAAUUUCAACUAUGCACCGGCACCGUCUUUAGAAUACGAUGAGCCUCAGGAGCAGAUUAGGAUGCAGGUCCCGCCAUUACCCCUUCCUGGAGAGCUCCGUUCACAACAACACCUAAAGUCAAUUACAGACAAAAGCAGUAAAAUCCCAGCGUUAAGAAUCGUUCCCACUGAUGCCCAAGACGUAGCUCCGGAUCCUAAAUCUCCUACCUCAUCACCUUUGGGCACGAAUCGUAUUCUUUGAACUAUACCUUUAAACAUGGCGAAUAUUUUGGGCUUUCAAUCUCCUCUAGCACGGUAUGAUGGCGCCCAGGUCUCAGAAGCCUCCGAGAAUGAGGGGUCCCCCCACGUCCGCUCCCAAAGGCUUUUUCCAUCGGUGGGGCAGAGGGAAACUCCAGCCAGACCGGAGAACUCUAUGGGACCUACUACUAAUACAGAAUUUGGCCAAAGUCUUUCAGACCCGCAUUCUCGAAAGAGCCUCACCACUGAGCCUAGACCAUUCGUUCCCAACGCUCUAUUUACUACCCCUAAGCCAGAUCACCAUGCCCCACGGAUUGAAUUGAGGCCUCCUUACUCGGCUCC